AUGAAGCCAUAUUUUAUGGAUAUGAGCAUGACGCUCGCUCGAGACCCUACUAAGGCCAACCCUCAUGAUGGGAUCACUCGUCGUGAUUAUACUUUCGCCCAUUUCAAGACUGUAAGAACAUCCGACGAGGAGGCUCUUUCAAUGGCACAAGAAGACACUGGUUGCAUUAAGCCAAAGUCUGUAUUCUAA